CGCGCGUGCUGUGCCGCCGUGCCGUGUGUAUGGGCGGACGAGCGAACGAGCGAGUGAGCGAGCGAGCGGACGGACAGACGAACGAACGGUUGGUCGAACGGGCGACGAACGGACGGAUGCACCACACGCACCACGUCGUGUGUCACUCCCUGUGCUGUGUGUCGCGUUCCUGUGUUCUUAGAUAUAUUAAAAUAAACAGCGUGCUGUCUCUGAAAAAUCAGAAUAUGUUGAACGACGUGCCGAAAGGGUUACUAAGAAGCUCCGGAAGUACGGAGGUUGAUGUACGCGAAGAUGAGGAACAAACCAUUAAAUUUCAAGAAAUUAUUGACUUGCUUGUUGCUGCGGGCUAUUUUAGGGCACGAAUAAAAGGUUUAUCAAAUUUUGAUAAGGUUGUUGGUGGUAUGACUUGGUGCAUAGAGUCAUGCAAUUUUGAUGUAGAUGUGGAUUUACUUUUUCAAGAGAAUCUUACAAUUGGCCAAAAAAUUUCUUUGACUGAGAAAAUUGUAAUUAUGCUCCCCAAAAUGAAUUGUCCAUAUCGAAUAGAACCACAUCAAAUACAAGGCUUAGACUGUAUUCAUAUAUUCCCAGUUAUUCAAUGGCUGGUAAAACGUUCCAUGGAAAUGCGACAGGAAAUGGCAGAUUUUGUGAGAGCUUUUGCAUUAAAUCAAUUUCACAAAAAACAUUCUUUUAGUGAAGAUUCCGAAAUUGGAGCAACAGUUAAUGAGAAUAUUAUCAGAAAUUUACAUUUGGUUAAGAAAGCGUACGAACCACGGCGUUUGUUCAAACAAAAAGAGGAUUUUGUGACAGAUGAAUCAAAUAGAUUUAUUGGUACGGUAUUAGAAUAUGAAGCAGCAUUUGAGGCUGUUAAAAAUACAUCAGCAACAACAUCAAUGGAAUCUAAAAGUAGCGAUUCAAGAAACGAGUCAAAUAAUGAAAGAAAUAAUGAAAAGAACACUACUGAACAAAUCACUGCUGCUCUGUCUGUUAUAGAAGAAAAUUCGAUGCGGUUAAGUGUAAGUACAGUUGGAAACAUUGUUGGUAUACAAGCACAAGAAAUUGCUAAAGUGGCAGAAAAAUAUGCAUCUAUGACUACUUCUGCAGUAAAGGAUGGUAACGCAACGGAUUCGUCGCGCGCUCUAAUCGCAUUACAGAAGCAAAAGACGACAUUGCAAUCUCGAGUGCGCAAGUUAACGAAGGAGAGAGAUAACUUGUCUGAUAAACUUAGUGAAAUAGUAGAAAAAGUUAAAGAACAUCGUGUGAGAAGAGACACCAUUGAACGCUCCUUUAAAAAGAUUCGGGAAAUUGGAAUUAAUGAUAAUGAUAGUGUUUUUAAACGAUUAGAGGAACUUUUGUCUGUACAUGAGGGAUUGAAAGAACAAGAACACAAUUUCCGAGAACAAUGUAAGUCGGACUUAAAUCUUCUUCGAGGUAUGUUACAAGAGAUUGAAAAUGGUACUCCUGUGGAGGAGGAGGAUCGUGUCAAGGAAUAUGAAGAGCAAAAAGAAGCUAUAACACGAGUGCGAUUGCAAUUGGCUAAAAAAAAUAGAAUUAUUGCAUCUUUAACGAGACAAUUGGACGAUGUUCCAGGACGCUCUGAAUUGACGCAAUAUCAGCGACGUUUUAUGGAACUCUAUAAUCAAGUUUCAGCUAAGCACAAAGAAACUAAACAAUAUUAUACAUUGUACAAUACUCUCGAUGAUACGAAACUGUACAUAAGUAAAGAAUUGUCAUUAUUAAAUUCUAUUCAGGAUAACUAUAAUGAAGCUAUGGCAUCGACAAGUGGCAAGGAACAGUUUCUGAAACAAUUCGAAUCAAUUGUUGCAGGAGUGAAGCGCAACAAAACGAUGGUGGAGAAACGAUGUGCCGACGAAAAAGGUAGACGGGAUACGCUUAGUCGACAACUCGUCACUCUCGUAGAGCAGCAACGCAAAUAUGUUGCGGCAGUUAGACAACUUACUAUUGAAUGUCGCAAAAAUGAAGCUUUAUUGGCUCAACUUCGUGGUCCAUAAAAUUCUUUUAGUAAAUGGAAACUGGGAAAAUGUUGUCUAAUGAAAUAAUCAUAAUAUGUUGUUAGGUUUAAGGGUGUUUAAUUCUUUUCAUAUAUACAAACAUAUGAUAUAAAUGCUAGAAAUAUUUGUUGUGUGUACAUAUAGAGAUAGUUUUAAGAAUCUUUCAAUACUGUAUGUGUUGUACAAAUUGUAAAAAUUUGAUAUGGAAUAUACAUUUUUAUUACAUAUACAAAGGCUACUCAGUAACAAGUGGCAGAAAAUUCAAGGAGUAAUUUUAGAUGAUAAAAUAGGACAAAAUAAAAAAAUUUGAUGAAGAUUUCGUUUUUAAUUAUAAUGCCUAAAUAUUCAUAUGCUUUAGGCAUUUUUUAUGUGAAUAUUUAUAAUAAAAAAAAACGAAGUCUUGGUCGUAAUUUUAUUUUUGUCUUAUUUUAUCAUCUAUAGGAUUUCUUUUUACAUUUUCUCUCAUCUGUUGUCGAAUACUGUAUAUGUAUAUAAAUUAAAUAUUAUUGUAUAUAAUAAAUGCGAUAAAUAUGAUUGUACAUAAAUCGUAUAUUAUAAUAUACAUGUAUGUAUACAUACAUUUGAGUAAUAUUCUAAACAUAAAUUGUUGCAUUAUUCUAAUAUUGUAUAUUAACCAAUACUUUCUUUAAAAAA